GGGCUGCGGUGGGCGGGCGCGUCUUCCCCGCGCCUGCGCUGAGGGGUGGAGCGGCUUCCGCGGGGCGGCGGGAGAGCGGCGCGGGCUGCGGGUUACUCCGGAGGCGGUUGAGAGGUGCCGCGGGCCGAGCGGGGCCGGGGGACUCCAGGCUGAACCCAGCGCGGCGGCGGCGGCGGCGGCGGCGGCCUGGCGCCGAGACAGAGUCCGACGCGGUUGUCCCCGGGAGGAGCCCAGCGGAGCCUCCGCUCCCCGCUCCCCGCUCCCCGCUGCGACUCCGGGGUGUGGCAGCGCUGCCCGAGAGCCUCGCGGCGUCCUGGGCGCCCGCGAACGAGGUUGGACGCCACGGUGCGGUUAUGGUCUUCCUCGCGGCCCCUGGUAACGAAACACAUGCCUGUAAUCCAGAUUAUCCGCGGUGAGUUGGGGCCUCCUCUGCUGCCCUGCGAAGUGAAAGGCCGCAAACUUGCCCCUUCGCCUUGCGCUGCAGUCUCUGCCUGCCGAGCCAGCCGGGCAGGGGGCAGGGCCGUCGGGAUGCUGUGAAGUAGGGAUACUGUGUGAAGACUUCGCUGAAGUGAGUCAAAGACAAGGAAGGAUUUGUGGAUUACUACAGCAUUAGUAGAAGGGAAGCUCCAGAACAUCACCAUGUCAGGGAAACGGAAGCGUGUGGUGCUGACUAUUAAAGAUAAGCUUGAUAUAAUAAAGAAACUUGAAGAUGGAGGUUCUUCCAAACAGCUGGCUGUGAUUUAUGGAAUUGGUGAAACAACAGUUCGGGAUAUUAGAAAAAAUAAAGAAAAGAUUAUAACUUAUGCAAGUAGUUCUGAUUCUACAAGUCUUCUGGCCAAGAGGAAAUCUAUGAAGCCCUCCAUGUAUGAGGAGCUGGAUAAAGCAAUGCUGGAAUGGUUUAAUCAGCAGAGAGCAAAAGGGAAUCCCGUGUCUGGACCCAUUUGUGCAAAAAGGGCAGAGUUCUUCUUUUAUGCUUUGGGAAUGGAUGGUGAUUUUAACCCCUCCGCAGGUUGGUUAACUCGAUUUAAGCAGAGGCACAGCAUUAGAGAGAUUAACAUUAGAAAUGAAAGAUUAAAUGGAGACGAGACAGCGGUGGAAGAUUUUUGUAACAACUUUCGAGAUUUUAUUGAGCACGAGAACUUAGAGCCUGAACAGAUCUACAACGCGGAUGAAACUGGACUGUUUUGGAAGUGUCUGCCUUCCAGGACUUCACUAAUGAAAGGCAAAUGCACUGUCCCGGGGCAAAAGGCAGUUGAAGAAAGAGUUACUAUCAUGUGUUGUGCCAAUGCGACAGGUUCACACAAGCUUAAACUUUGUGUUGUGGGCAAAGCAAAGAAACCUCGCUCCUUCAAGUCAACUGACACUUUAAACCUGCCAGUUUCUUAUUUCAGCCAAAAAGGUGCAUGGAUGGAUCUUUCCAUUUUCAGACAAUGGUUUGAUAAGAUCUUUGUGCCACAGGUUCGAGAGUACCUAAGAUCCAAAGGUUUGCAAGAAAAAGCUGUACUUUUGUUGGAUAAUUCACCAACACAUCCAAAUGAAAACGUCCUUCGUUCAGAUGAUGGUCAAAUAUUUGCUAAAUAUUUGCCACCUAACGUGGCUUCGUUGAUUCAGCCCUUGGAUCAGGGAGUCAUAGCAACCAUGAAGAGAAACUAUCGUGCAGGUCUUCUCCAGAAAAACCUGGAAGAAGGUAAUGACUUAAAAUCAUUCUGGAAGAAGCUGACUCUGCUGGAUGCACUUUAUGAAAUAGCAAUGGCAUGGAACCUAGUACAACCGGUUACUAUUAGUAGGGCUUGGAAGCAAAUUCUUCCUACCAUAGAGGAAAAAGAAAGUAUGAACUUUGAUGAUGAAGAUAUUUCUGUGGCUGCUGUCGCCACCAUUUUACAACAUACCAAAGGAUUGGAAAAUGUUACUACUGAAAACAUUGAGAAGUGGCUUGAAGUAGACAGUACCGAACCGGGUUAUGAAGUAUUAACUGACAGUGAAAUCAUCAGAAGAGCACAAGGUCAGACAGAUGAAUCUAGUGAUAAUGAAGAGGAGGACAUAGAACUAAUUCCAGAGAAACAUAUAAAUCACACAGCUGCGCUCCAAUGGACUGAAAACUUGUUGGAUUAUCUGGAGCAACAAGGUGAUAUGAUCCUACCUGAUAGACUGGUGAUCCGCAAACUUAGGGCCACCAUCAGAAAUAAGCAAAAGCUCACAGACUCAAGUCAGUAAUGGCAUUUUAACUUAAUCUUUGUUUUGCUAAUUCAUACUCAUUGUCUUUGCUAUCUUUUUGUUUUCUGAAUUCUCAGACACAGUCUUGUGGGUUACAGAUUUUUAAAAAAAAUAUUAUCUGGCAUAGCUUGGAAACUUUUCAUUAUCUGUCUUGACCCUUUAUUUGUUCAAAUAACCAGAAUCUGAUUCUGUAUAAAUACCAAUAUAAUUCAGUUGUGUAAAUCUACAGUCAUCUCAAAAACAGUGACAUUCCCCAAGUUCGCUAGCAGAAGUUAGAAAUAACAGUAAACAGAGUUUAAGCACUUUCCUAAAAUCUUUUGCUUGAAUUUUGAGGGCUGCCACAGUAAUCUUUUCUUAUGCUAUAUAGUUGUUUUGGGUAUAUGUAUUGGUUGACAGGAUGAGAAAGACCUCAAUGGUUAGGCUUCAGGGUGAUCUAUAACCUAAAAUAUGAAGUUUAGUAAUAGUGGGGAAAUAAUGAUCUGUUGAUGAUAAAAAUAACAUACAAAGUAUACUUCUGUUUUACAUUUGUGUAAGUGGCAAGAAGGGGAGAUUUUUCUGGAAAUAUAGUAAGUUACUGCAGAAUGAGAAACCAUUGAAAAGCUGAUACAUAGAAGAUGUAUUCUGAUCAAUUCAUUGUAGGAAAUGAAGUUAAAAUUUUGGAGAAUAGGUUAUUUAUACAAAGUAAAUAAGCUUGUUUUAAUUUUUGAUGUUUUGCUAUGAAUUGGGUCAUUGAACACAUGUAUUAUUUAUCUAAUUAUACAGAUUGCUUAAUGCUUUAUAUAAUGAUAUGAGCUCUCACAUUGUAUUUGGGGAAUAAUGUCUAGGGAAUUUAAAGAUUUGCUUAUUUACUGAAUAUUUCACAAUAUUACCUAUAUCUUAAAACUUUUGUCAUAACUGGUUCUUGUUUGACAUGAAAAGAAGAAAUGAAAAGAAUAAAGUUUUUAGUA